AUGGACAAACUGGAGGACGGGUCUUCGGUUUAUGACUUCGAUCCUUUCACUGGAAACAUACCGGCGACUAAAGUGGAGAUCACCGUGUCCUGCAGGAACCUUCUGGACAAAGACACAUUCUCCAAAUCUGACCCAUUAUGCGUUCUUUACACUCAGGGGGUGGAGACCAAACAGUGGAGGGAGUUUGGUCGGACGGAGGUGAUCGACAACACACUGAACCCAGACUUCGUCAGGAAAUACAUCAUGGAUUAUUUCUUUGAGGAGAAACAGAACCUGCGCUUCGACCUAUACGACGUGGACUCCAAAAGCCCCGACCUCUCCAAACAUGACUUUCUGGGUCAGAUGUUCUGCACUCUGGGGGAGAUCGUUGGUUCUCCGGCCAGUCGCCUGGAGAAGCCUCUCGGUGGGAUUCCAGGCAAGAAGUGUGGCACCAUCAUCCUGACGGCAGAAGAGCUCAGCAACUGCAGAGACAGCGCCACCAUGCAGUUCUGCGCAAACAAACUGGACAAGAAGGACUUUUUUGGGAAGUCGGAUCCGUUCAUGGUCUUUUAUCGGAGCAACGAGGACGGAACGUUUACCAUCUGCCAUAAAACAGAGGUGGUGAAGAACACGCUGAACCCAGUGUGGCAGCCGUUCGCCAUCCCAGUGCGAGCGCUCUGCAACGGAGACUACGACAGGACGAUCAAAGUGGAGGUGUAUGACUGGGACCGCGACGGCAGUCAUGACUUCAUUGGGGACUUCACCACCAGCUACAGAGAACUGGCCCGAGGUCAGAGCCAGUUCAACGUCUAUGAGGUGAUAAACACGAAGAAGAAAAUGAAGAAAAAGAAAUAUGUGAACUCGGGAACGGUGACCCUUCUGUCCUUCUCGGUGGAGUCUGAGUUCACCUUCUUAGACUACAUCAAGGGCGGAACACAGAUCAAUUUCACAGUGGCCAUCGACUUCACUGCCUCCAAUGGUAACCCGUCCCAGUCCACGUCUCUGCACUACAUGAACCCAUACCAGCUCAAUGCCUACGCCAUGGCUCUGAAGGCUGUGGGUGAGAUCAUCCAGGACUACGACAGCGACAAAAUGUUCCCGGCGCUGGGAUUUGGAGCUAAACUGCCCCCUGAUGGGAGGGUGUCCCAUGAGUUUCCUCUGAACGGGAACAUGGAGAACCCGUACUGUAACGGCAUCGAGGGCAUCCUGGAGGCGUAUCACCAGAGCCUGAAGACUGUGCAGCUCUACGGACCCACCAACUUCGCUCCCAUCGUCAACCACGUGGCCAGAUACGCGGCUGCGGUCCAAGAUGGCUCUCAGUACUUCGUCCUCCUCAUCAUCACCGACGGAGUCAUCUCAGACAUGGCACAGACCAAAGAGGCCAUCGUCAACGCGGCCAAACUGCCCAUGUCCAUCAUCAUCGUGGGAGUGGGACAGGCCGAGUUUGACGCGAUGGUGGAGCUGGAUGGAGAUGAUAUCAGAGUGUCCUCCAGGGGGCGACUCGCAGAGAGAGACAUCGUUCAGUUUGUCCCGUUCAGAGACUACAUGGACCGCACGGGGAACCACGUUUUGAGUAUGGCGCGUCUGGCGAAGGACGUUUUGGCUGAGAUCCCGGACCAGUUCAUCUCGUACAUGAAGAGUCGAGGCAUCAAACCCAACCCCGCCCCCCCGCCUUACACGCCCCCUACUGGACACCCGCACCACCACACGCAAAUCUGA